AUGGCAACGAUAGACGCCGCCAACACGGCGCCCGCAGCGGCGGGGACGGUGCUGCCCCCCGAGACGCUCAGCUCGCACCUCUCGGCCCUCGAGCUCAUCACGGCAAUGUGGCAGGGCGACGACGAGCUCGAGCUCUCGGACAGGGACGCCGAUGCCAUACGACUCGUGGGCGAGUACCUCAACCUGCCCCUCUCGGAACUGGGAUCGACCACCUCGCACCGCCUAAAAGACCGCCUUCCGUCCCACAUCCACAUGUCGCUCCUCAUCCACCCGGAAAACGGCGCAGAGGUACAGUCGGACGGCUGGCAGCGGCGCAAGGUCAAGCUCGACCUCGACUUUGUCGUGCGCAGACCCACGGCCGUCGCCAGCGCCAUCGGGCAGAGCUACGUCCACCCGCGGGUGACGGUGCGCAGUCCAGACUGGCUGAGCCGCGACCUCUUUGACAGGGUCUGCGAGGCUGUCAAGGCCGUCGAGGCGGAAAGGGAGCAGCAGCAGCAGGCCGACGAGGCAAACGACGAGGGGGAUGCCGUCGGACUCGUCAUGGACAUCGUGGAGCGGGUCAGUCAGGUCGUCUUGGACGGCCUCGCCUCGCAGCCACCCACCACCGACGCCGCUCAAGGUGCCCCUUCCUCGUCCUCCGCCGUAGCCGGCGCCAACGGUGCUGCUACGCCCCCGUCGGCAACAGCAGCCGACGUCGCGGCGUCUCGACGGGUGCUGCGCACCUGGUCCUACCUCCCCUCGCUCUCGUCGCGCGAGAAGCGCUCCGACAUUGUCACGUACGCCCUCUCGCACUCUCCCCCGCUCACGGGCUUUGUGCUGGCGGGCAAGCCGGGCCUGAUCGUCCUCGAACAUCCGCUCCCACCCCUACCGCCAUCGCCCGCAGCAGCAGCAUCGUCACCCUCCACCACCACCACCACCACCUCCUCGUCGUCGCCGCCUGCCGCGACGGCAACACCGGACCGCGCGGCGGUACAGCAGCAGCUGCGCGACGCCACCGUGUCGCUCGACACGUUCUGGUCGCGCAUCAAGUCGCAGUCGUGGGCCGACAUACCCUCGGGCCACAAAAAGGUCAGCGAAAAGUUCAGAGAGGAGGACGUGGAGCGCGCCUUUGACACGUUUGAGGAAAUGACGGAGCGACAAGAGGUGGGCGGCAAAGAGGUCGUCGCCUACGGCGGCAAGCGCAACAAGAGCGACCUCCGCAGCGUCCAGCAGUGGCUCGACGGAAAGGGCCUCGAGGGCAGGAUGGAAAAGGUGCUCGGCGCGGAGUGGACCAGCACCGCAUGA